AUGAAUGACGACAUUUCCUAUGUAGACGAAAGUAUGAUAAGUGGGGAGAAAAAACCCAUUACCAAAUUUAAAGGAGACAAAAUAUAUGCAGGGUCUAAAUGUGUCCAGGGGAUGAUAAUUCUUUUUGUUGAUGAUAUUUCCAAGGGGAAUUAUAUUGAAUAUGUUAAAAAAACUUUAGAUGAAGUGAAUUGCAAAAAAACGAAUUUACAAUUAUAUGCAGAUAAAAUAGCCAGUAUAUUUAUCCCAUUCAUUAUGGGGUUAUGCAUUGUGGUAUUUUUCAUUUGGUUUUUCCUAACCUAUUUUGAUUAUGUAAAUAUAAGGAAGGAUAAUUAUUUUAAGUUGAACAGAUUUUUAUCGUGUGUAUUUUUUUCUAUACAUUUUUCCUUAUCAAUUUUAUGUGUGGCUUGUCCCUGUGCCGUUGGGUUGGCGAGUCCCCUAUCCAUUGCCAUCAGCUCGUACAUUUGUAGCAGCAUAGGAAUUAUUUUAAAAAAUAUAAACAUCUUCGAAAUAUUCCUGGAGUGUAAUCAUUUCAUUUUUGACAAAACGGGCACGCUAACAGUUGGGAAGCCGGUGGUAAACAAGGUGUACGUGUCUUCCAAUUUAGAGUUUUUCACAGACCAGUUGUUGAAGAGUGCGUCAAAGAACAAGCUUGUUGUGAAAUUUGGGGAAGACCAUAUGGGCAGUUCGUUGGACUCUCUCCCAAGCGAUGAUCACCAUUUUAGCAAUUUUCAUCUGCACAAGGGUGAAGAGAAAAAUAAAAGAGCACAGAAAAGUAAACCCACUCUGGGUGACAUAAAUGGGGAAAGUGUGUACAGUCGUCUAGGUGAUACUUCCGAUGGGGGGGAACAUUAUGGAAACGUGGACAAGAGGGUAAAAAAUAAGGGGAACCUUUUGCAUGGCUCCGCUGCCUAUGUGGGGGAUAUCCCAGGGAAGAAUGAACAGAGAGAUCGAUUAGGUGGAAAGGACAGCUGGCCGCAAUACCGAGGCACCCUCACCGAAGAGUACAAAAAUGAUGAGGGUAAUAAUAAGACCCUAAAUUUUAUUGAAAGCAUCCACUGCUCAGGCAAAAAUGUCACCUUCUACUCCUUCACGACGCAAAGGGACUAUUACAAAAUUGAGAUAAAAAAGUCGGUAAUGAGGAGGGAAGAAAGAAACAGUUCGAAAAACUCCAACGAUACGGAAGACAUCCCCUGCAGUGGAAAAAAAUCCAUCUUCAAUCGGUUACUGUCAUUUAUAAAUGAUAAGAGGAAGAAAAGUAAAUAUAACCAAAUAGGAGAUCCUUCGCUCAAGGAGUAUUUUAUAAACAAUUCGGAAAUGUCCAUUUAUUCAGAGGACGAUUCUUAUACGAGCGAAACGAGCAGCGAAAAUAAUGACACUACCGUUACGGAUACACAGGCAGAUGGACAAGCGCCAUACGGCGGUCAGAUUAAACAAAAUGAUGAUGACCAAUUUGAUAGUGAAAACAAUUUGAGUGAAAAAAUUAGCAACUGGUUAUACCUCUUUUUAAGUUUAAGUUCAAAUUUGGAAAAGUAUAGUAACCAUUUAUACGCUACGUCAAUAAAUACCUUUAUAAACUCCAAUUUUUGCAUUAAUGAAACAUUUGAUGUGCAAAAUUUGAAAAAUGAGAAAAGUCAGGGAAUUACUGGAGUGGUAAAUGAUUUAUCGGUUACCAUUGGUACGUUGUACUACUGCUAUACCAAGUAUAAAAACACACACUGUCGGAAUGUAGCAGAAAGUGUUGAUGAAAAAUUGAGUAUCAAAAAUUUGGAGGCCCAUCUGUAUUCGUGUGAUUGUAAUGUGCAUAAGACUUAUCAGUACCUGUACAAUUAUUCCAAUAGCAAAAAAAACGAAAGUAAUAAUAUAAUUUUUAUGUGUAUAGAAGGAAUAAUUGUCGGAUUUUUUACCCUCGUGGAUGACAUAAAACCGGAGGUAUUUGAUUUGAUUAGGUACCUAAAGAGGGAACGCAAAAAGGUGUACGUCUGUACUGGUGAUAAUUAUAUGAAUGCUCUUUACAUUUCCAAAAUUUUGGGCAUACCAAAAAAGAAUGUGUCCUCGAAUACCUUGCCCAUGGAGAAGGUCCACUUUGUGAAGAAGAUACAGGCACUCGGUAGUGGAAAAGUGUGCAUGAUCGGAGACGGAAUAAACGACUGCUUCGCCCUGAAGAGCGCGGACCUGGGGCUGUCCCUGAGCACGAGGUCAAACGUGGUCAUGGACAGCGCCGACGCGUGCAUCGUCGACAAUGAUAUAAGCGUCAUAACCAAGUUGUUUGAAAUAAGCAGAAAAACCUUGAUAGUGAUCAAAUUCAACUUUUUGUUUUCCUUCCUCAUCAACGUCUUUUUUAUUCUCCUGGCAAGCGGGUCGUUCUACGCCCUCAACUACGUCUUUUCGCCUUUCCUGUUCACCUUUCUCAUGUUUUGCAGCUCGAUCAUUGUGAUCCUCUCGUCAUUGUCUUUGAAAUUCCUUCUACGGGACGUAUGA